AUGCACCAUCACGAAUACUGCGGCAUGUGGGCAAUGUUUCCCCCACCAGAUGCUGAGCUGCCACACGUGUCCUGUUCUGUUCUCGACUCGGGUGCUCCCAACAACGACGCCAUCCUGCUCUCCGAGGCGGAGGCCGCACUCGCUCUUGUCAAGUACCAGCUGCAAAAGGGCAUGUUUACCAACCACCACACAAAACCCGCACUAAUCGCCACCUUGCUGCGGAACCAGACGGCCCGCCUGACUCAGGCCUACUUUGACGGCAAGCAGAACAAGCUGGUCUUGCGCCAGUCGCGGACCCUGGACUUGUCGGGGCCUGAGCCCAGCCCGGACGCCUGGACGCUGCUGCGCUGGAUCGCCAGUGUCGACACGUUCGACCAUUACAUGCGGGACAGGAUCAUCGAGAACUCGGUCCACCGUGGCUACGUCUCGGAGGAGAACGACAGGUUCGCCGUCCACAUCUGCACCAACCUCAGCCCGCAAUAG